ACCACGGGACAGGGGGAAGGAGCAGGCGGCAGCGGGGAGGAUGGGGGCGUGGGAUCCCAUACGGGAGGCUCGGCUUCUUGCUGCCUGAGGGGGGCCCGCCCCCGCGCCCCGCGCUGCUAAUAUAAGGCGGCGGCCGCCGAGGCUCCGAGCCGCGCAGUCCAACCGCCGCCCGCGUCCCCAUGGCCCGGUCCGCGCCGCUGGUGGCCGCCGCCCUGGCGCUGUGCCUGCUGCUGGCGCCGCCGGGCCUCGCGUGGUACAGGCCGGCGGCCGGGCCCGGCUCCUACUCGGUGGGCCGCGCGGCGGGGCUGCUGUCCGGCUUCCGCAGGUCCCCCCACGCGCGCCGCUCCGAGCCCCCCGGGAGCGCGGGACCUCCGGGCCGGGCGAGCGCCGUCGCCGAGCCGCGCCCCCGCCUGCGGAGCCUCGCCGCGUGUGUCAAGGACGUGUCCCCGAAACUGCGGAGCUGCGCGCGGUUCCCCGACGGACGCGCCACCGUCCAGUGCCAGGCGGACGUCUUCCUGUCGCUGCGCGCGGCCUCCUGUCGCAGCGCCUGAGCCUCCACCCAGCCCGACCCUGCCCGGCGGCAGCGCAGACACCCCAGCGCCUCCCUG